UGCCGUCGUUGCCGUUGUACGCCGUCGUAGGGGUUGUAGGUAAUUAGGUAAUAGCAUGAAUAACAAGUGGAACAAAAAUGUAUGGCAGUCACUGGGAGGGGUAUGCAGUAGCGUAGAUGUUUGAGAACUUAUUUUGCGAAAAUCUCUGGGUUAUCAGUUUGUCUUGCAUGGACUUCAGGAGCUCCAAUAUUUGUUCCAUGUCUUCAAUCUAAUUCAAUCACUUCUUACAACAAACUGUGGCAUGUUUAAGCCCGUAACCACUUUUUGACACCAAAUUGUCAUGUAUCCAGGGUUCUGUGACAAGUAUUACUGGGUUGCGGCUUUAGAUGAAGCUGCUUUAUUGGACAGUUCGUCCACGAUUACAUUUCUGAACACUACAAUCACUCUGACAUAACUUCUCCCAGGCAAUGCGACCUGACUAGUCCAUUGUCUCUGAUCACUCUUCUGACUGUUGCAAUCUACCCUCUCAAGUAGAUUUUCUCAUGCUGCCGAGAGACCACCUUAUGCAAGGGUUCUCUCUGUCUUCGACGCAGCUUUGGCUGGUAUAUCCGUUUCUGUGGGAACUCAGCAAUUCCGUCUCUGUUGUUUAGACAAUUUCCUAGGUAACAGUCUGCCUAAGUAUUUGUUGCCACUGAAAUAUGCCUUCUUAUUUGUAGCUGUUGCGUGGCAAUGAACGUCAUAUAUUCCAGCUUUUAGGCGCCACACCACAAAAAAUACACACACAUAUACAUGGGAAAUACAUAAUGUGAUUUUACACAUACACACCCACAGAGACACAUGCGUGUGCUGUGAGAAGUGAUGUGAACUGUAACAAAACGCAGUAUGAGCUUCGUCUUGUGGCAUUAUGAAGGUUCCACUACAGGAACAUACAAAGAAAGAUCACAAUUAAAAUUUUGAAAUGACAUAACUCUGGAACACUGGUGUAUCAGACGACUGCAUGGCUGCAUUUUCUCCACCUAAAGAAUGGCCAUAGAACUUUGAAUUAUUUUGAAUAUAUUGAUGAUAAAUAUAUUUUGAGUGUACUGGUAUUUUAGCUGUCCCAUGUGGAGGUGGGUUAGUAUUCCUCCACCGUAGCCCAGAGAAUCGUACAAGACAAUGAAAAGGGAACCCAGUGCCUGGGGAUGUGACUGCGUGACCCUAUUUCAGGGGGACAUAACUACAGAGACCUGGUCCUCCAGGUUGGGAGUUGGAUGCAAGACUGAUGACCUUGCUUUGUAAAAAAAAGUUACAAGAUCCAAAGAAAUGUAACUUCUAAGGAAGGCUGUGGCAAAAAGAAAAAAGGCUGUUUCACCAAUGAUGGUGAUGAUAUUUUAGGACUAUCGCAAUGGCUUCUUUUGACUUGGACCCAACGUUUACUCGCUGUAUAAGGUUAAUGCAUUCGAAAUCAAAGGAUUCUGAAGAUCAGUUACGAGCAAUGCUUGAUGACGCAAUCAUACAGCGUCAUGGUAGCAGUAAAACACUGGCUAAUAUUUUCAUUAAAAAGGAGACAUUAAGCAAGAGAGAAAGCUCAAAACCUUCAAGUUCAAGUGGAAGAAAAGAUGACUUUCGUAAAGAAGUAGAAAAGAAGAACUUUGACAAGCUGAGUGUGGAAGAAAGUUCAGAGGCAAAUCGUGAGGCAAAUAGCAGCAAACGGUCCAAGAACAAUGAUGUUUCUAAACCUGGACAUGCCAAACCUUUGCUGAGUGGUAAUUCAUCACCGUCACCUCACACCAUUGUGUUGGGUAAUAUACAUGAAGCAGAACCACUUAAAGAUGAUAACCUUCAGCCAGAGGAAGAUGAUGAUGAUAAUGGCAUACCUCUUGAAAUUUUGGAAGAAGACUUGACCUGUGUUGUUUGCAGGGGAAUGGAUGUUGUUGCACGCAAUCAGUUAGUGGAGUGUAUUGAAUGCCACUCUCUGUAUCAUCAAGAAUGCCAUCAGCCACCUGUGGCUGAGGCAGACAUGAAUGAUCCACGUUCCGCAUGGUAUUGUUCAAACUGCACCAAGGCAAUGAGUAAAAUUCAAAAUGCUGGGAACAGCAGUAUUGGAAAGCAAGCAACCACAUCCACUGGUCUGGCUGCAGCAACACAAUCCCCUUACAGUGCUUCCAGCAGCGGUUCCACUGGGAAACCUACCUUUGCUGCAGGUACAACAAAAUCCAACUCAUCACCUAACUUCAGUGCUGCAACAAAGACAUUUGGAGGCCUGCCUUUACCAACAUCAAAAACUACAAGCAUCAGUUCAAAACAAUGCCCUAUUCCUACCACCUCUCAGAAGUGUGUAAUGCCCAAUAUCAAUAUUAUAAGUGCGGAUAAACGGUUGCAGAUUAUGAAGAAAAAGGCUGCCAAAAUGCAAGAGAAGAGGAAACAUUCCAAAUAGAAUCUACAUUCAGUGCAAUAAUUGUAUUGUUCUGUACAGCAUCUAUGUUCAUAUUUAAAUUAAAAUUCAAGCUUAAUACUUGGACAUGUAAGUAUGCGUAUAAAAAUGUAUACUGAAGAGCUAAUAUUGAGGUGAGAAAACACAUGAAUAACAUAGGACAGUGAGCAUUUUGUUGCUCCAAUAGUGCGUUCUUAACACAUUCAGAUCCAUACCUUGCUCUCAGCAGACAACAGAAAACUGAAUUCCAAGAUACGUCAUUGCAAGAAAUACCCAUUUCCUCUUUUCCAAAGUACAAGAAGAAGACUGUGCACUGCAUUGGCUACAAAGAAAUGCAUAUGAUUCGACUGAUAUCUAGGGCUAAGCUAGAAAGGUUAAUUUUUCUUUUGGCAAAUUUAAUAAAUCAUCGCAUGGCAUGGAGCCCUUCCUAAGAAGCUAGUGGUCUCAUAUUCUUGAAAGUCCCCAGUUUUUAUGUAACCGAAACCUUCAUGACUGUGUUCACAAGAGGCUACAAAGUGUACUAAAAAGGGGGCUGUUUUACAAAGACGGAGCAUGUAAAGUUGACACGUGUUUAAUACACUGCAAUAAAUAUUUAUUUUUUUAAGAGGUGGACCGCCUCUGUGGUCUAGUGGUCAGAGUUCCUGGUUACAGAU